GCCUGUUGUUAAAAAAACUCUCACACAUUCUUCAUUAUUUAAGUGUGUAAAACUAUCAAAAUUAUUGCUAAUUUCAUAAAAUCCUUUGCGACCAUGGUGCAAAAGGGGCCUCGUCCUUUGGUGCUGUGUGGUCCAUCGGGAUCUGGUAAAAGUACUUUACUUAAACGUCUUCUUAAAGAAUUUCCUGAUAAAUUUGGAUUCAGUAUAUCGCACACUACGAGAAACCCACGGCCGGGUGAGAAAGAUGGUGUACACUAUCAUUUUACCAGCAAGAGUGAUAUGAAAGCAGCCAUAGAAAGAGGUGAAUUCAUUGAAACUGCAACCUUCAGUGGGAAUAUGUAUGGGACAAGCAAAAAGGCAGUUGAUGAUGUACGUCUCACUGGAAAGAUCUGCAUUCUCGAUAUUGACAUAGAAGGCGUGAAACAAAUCAAGAAUACUGAUUUGGAACCUCUGUUGGUGUUUGUUAUGCCACCAUCGAUGGAAGUACUGGAGACCCGUUUGAGAGCUCGUAAUACAGAGAGUGAGGAAUGUUUGAGGAAACGCCUAGCAACUGCACAUCGGGAACUUGAAUAUGGCAACCAACCUGACAAUUUCCAUAUCGUAAUAAUGAAUGACACUUUGGACAAGGCAUAUUCAGAUCUACGUGAGUUUAUUGCUCAGAACACUCAAGAGGAACAGCAAGAUUCUGCUGCAGAUGGAAAAAAUGAAAAGGACAACUGAACAUUUGAAGGAAGUUCAUGCUUUUAUUUUUAAAAGUAGGAAUUAAAGGUGUCUCUAUCUCACUAGGAAACUAUAUUGGCGUCCUCUAUCGUGCAAUUUUGAUGGACACCAACUAAUGAAUAACAAAUAUCUAAACAGAUCAUUGGUCCUAUUUGCUAACUGUUGUUGAGAGAUGGAAGUGAUAGCCACCACGGUAUUUUAUUUACUGAUCCACUACUGCUUUACUUAUUAUAACGCC